AUGACUCCCACAAAACAUUCACGAGCUGAAAAAGCACGGCAGUUUCUCACAGCUGGUGCUGUGCUGCGCGAAGACUCCGACGACGAGCUUGGCUACGAAGACCACCCAUGGGAAUGGAUAUACGAAGAAGCAGGCACUCACCAGGCACUCGUACACGACGAUGCCACCCCCAGGAAACGAAGGCUGGCGCCCACGAAGCAGACAAGGCGCAUAGUGGGUGCGCGCAUGGGUAGCUUCCAAUGCAAGCUUGGUGACGCUGUCUUGCUCAAGGCAGAUGGAAACCAAGCAUGGGUGGGUAUCAUCUGCGACUUUCACGAGGAUGACCAAGACAAGGAGAAGAUGGCAAGAUUCUUGUGGUUCUCCUCUGAACAAGAGAUACGCAAUAAGAACAAGAAACGCACCGACUUUUUACACAACGAACUCUACAUAUCAGCCACCUUCGAUGACAAUCCGCUUGCGUCGAUCAACGGUACAGCGAAGAUUAUGUCUCUCGAUAAGUUCCAGAAACUGCACCCCACCGGCCAGAUCAAGAAGUCUUCGAGAGACUACGGCAAGAUCUUUGUGUGCAGGAGAGGCUGCAACACCCGCACAACAACAUACACACCAGAAUUCAAGUGGGAGGAUGUUUACAACGGUGCUGAUGAUAUCCUCGAGCUGGUCGAGCUGGUCGAGAGCCAGACCAAGGCCACGAGGAAAGGGUCCUCUCGGUCAAAAAAGCACCAAGAAGACCUGGACAAUUUUGUAGUACAAGAAUCUGAGGACGAUGGUGCACCGAAGACACCACGGAAACGCCGGAAAUUGAACAACGCGACCACCCCCACCUCAUCAAGGAAGAGCCCGGCUGCCCGAAAGUUCUUGACUCCCUCACAUAAACGAAUUGUGCUGAAGAAGCAGUUGGAGUUCACCCCGCUUGGUACACGAGUGCUUUCACCUUCAGCUUUAGCAUCGCCGUUUCAGAUUGCAAGAACUCAACUCCACGUUUCCUCUGUACCAGCGGCACUUCCUUGUCGUGAAGAGGAGUUUUCAGCCGUUUACAGCCAUCUGGAGGCAGCUAUUACCGAUGGGUCUGGUUCGUGCAUUUACAUCUCGGGCACUCCAGGUACUGGGAAAACCGCCACAGUACGUGAGGUCGUAGCACAGCUGCACGCUUCAGUUCAAGCCGAGGAGCUAGAUGACUUCAUAUUUGUUGAGAUUAACGGCAUGAAAGUUACAGAUCCUCAUCAAUCGUACUCGUUGUUGUGGCAGGCGCUUCGCGGCGACAGAGUCAGUCCGUCACAUGCACUCGAACUUCUGGAGCGCGAAUUCUCUGCGCCUAGCCCUCGCCGCGUACCAUGUGUUGUCUUGAUGGACGAACUGGACCAGUUGGUGACCAAGAACCAGUCUGUCAUGUAUAAUUUCUUCAACUGGCCCCAGCUGCGGCACAGUAGGCUAGUCGUCUUGGCUGUUGCAAACACCAUGGAUCUCCCGGAACGCACCCUGAGCAACAAGAUCAGUAGUCGACUAGGCCUAACCCGAAUCACCUUCCCCGGGUACACGCAUGACCAAUUGAUGCGAAUCAUCCAAUCUCGCCUGGAGGGAGUUCCAGGUAACAUCGUGCUCUCGGACGCCGUUCAGUUCGCGGCCCGUAAAGUCGCAGCUGUCAGUGGCGACGCCCGACGCGCUUUGGACAUCUGCAGACGCGCUGUAGAAAUCGCGGAAACAGAAGUCGCAUCACAAGAUCAGGACGACGAGGCGCAAACGCAGCCCUCAACACCAAGUCGGACCGGUCGUGAUAACAAAGCGCAACCCCUUCAGUCGUCCCGAUCUCAGAACGUCACCGAAAAAUCGGAGGCCGCUGUAAUAAAACGUGGAGGGCCGGCGGCUCGACACAAGGGUGUUGUCACCCUCGCGACGAUCAGACAGGCCAUUAACGAGGCCACGAGCAGCCCCCUGCAGCAGGCGCUCCGAGCGCUGCCACUGGUUUCCAAGUUGUUCCUCGCUGCACUCUUGGCACGGAUACGACGGACAGGUAUUGGUGAGGCUGUGCUCGGAGACGUCGUAGAUGAGGUCAAGAAACUGGGCUUUAUGAGCCACUUGCAGCCAGUACACGACUAUCUUCUUGCGCCCGAAGGCAUGAACGGUAGCUUCGCCUUCGACGUUCAGUCAACAACUCCGUCGAAGAAUACUGAGCCUGCCAACAUGGCAUUGAAACACGCAAAAGUCAAGGCUGCAAGAGUCCUCGGUCUCUCCUCCGCUGCCGUACACCUCGCUGAAGCGGGCAUCAUAGGCAUCGAAGCCCGACAUGGCGAGCGCGUUGGUCGUGUAAGGCUCGGUGUUGGCGAGGACGAGGUUCGUCUGGCGCUUGGCGAAGACGAAUCAGUCAAGGGCAUGGGCUUCGGAUCGUGA